AGUUUGUCAGUCGCCCAGUCUCCCAGCUAGACCUCUCAGCAAGGUGUCUGCCAGCCGCACGCGACGAGUCUGCCCCAAAGACACCCGCCCUGUCCCGGGUCCCCUCACCAGACUUCUCCCCUAGUAACACCAGCCCGCUGUUCUCCGUCAUGGCGACGAGUGCCAAGCGAAAGCAGGAGGAGACUCAUCUGAAGAUGCUCCGAGAAAUGACUAGCCUUCCCGCGAAUAGGAAAUGCUUCGACUGCGACCAGCGCGGCCCGACCUAUGUCAACAUGACAGUGGGCUCCUUCGUCUGCACCACCUGCUCCGGCAUCCUGUGAGUUCACUUAAGGCCGAGAGUAUGAUCUGUAAUGUGAACGGUAUAUACACCAGGUGACGGAGAGGCAUCUCCUCUGGUCAUGAGUCUGUGGGAUUCACCGCUGACUUGGCGGUACCGUUAGCUCGUUAGCUAGCCCUUAAAGUCAGGACAGGUAACGCCUGCCUCGGUUCUGUCUGAGCCGUUGGGUUGGGCCGGUGUUUCGGUUAAAGAGUGACCCCGAUAACGUACGAGUUUUCUCCCAAUGCGACGGUAGCUAUCUUAGUUAAAAAAGCUGACUCCUCAACAGAUGUAUCCUAGUUUAUUCUUUUCAUUAUAAUGUCUUUAUUUAACAAAACUUGUGAGAUUGGGAUUCGUUUGAAUGUUUCCUGUAAUAGUUGUAACUACGACAACCAACUGACGCAUUCGGCCAUUAGUCGCUGGUUAUCAGGGUCACAGUUUUUACCGAAACACCAAUGAGUGUCUCCAGUUUGUCUCAUUUACAGUUUUAUUUACCUGAGAUGGUGAGUGGAUACAUUCAGUCUGGGCGUGGAGGGGGGCUGACUGUCUGUCUGUCUGUGGUCAACAUCAGCACUCCUAACACUCAAAUAUUUGAACACCUUGCUUAAAAACAGCACGUCACAACCUCGAGUUGAACUUUAGCUGGACCUCCGACAAGGCAUGUCGCAAAAACACACCUAAACCACACACGUGAACACACCUCUAGAUAAGCAGAAGCAGGGUGGGUCUCAGCAUGGGAAGUACAUGAAAAAACCAAAUGGGGCAGUAGGUCAUCUGCAGCUGCUGCCUGAUGAAACCACUUCUCCUAACUUUUAUCCUUGCGAAAUUAUUACUAAUAUUUGAGCAAUGUGACAGAUUUAUGCAAUAUUGUUGCAGUCCACGCCCAGAAGUUGAUCAUACCAAGCAAAAAUACAUGAUCAGCAAAAACAUUGUGAUCCAAUGCAAUCCAAUGCAACAGCUCUACAUUAUAUCUUUCAGGAAGCUUCCAGAUUUUCAGUUUUUGUUGACAUAAUCAGACUUUUUAUCGAUUAUUGAUGUAGUGGCUGGUAAUAAUGUUCGGAAAUGUGUUGUAAGGAGCAAAAUUAUGAGAGCACCUUUCAAUGACAUGCACUCCAGUAUACCAUUAAUGCCCACUACAACUCAAACACUCAAUUUAAAGAACAAAUCACUCGUCUCAGCGUGUUAACAAAAAGGGAACAUAUAAAGGUUUUGGGAAAGCAGAGUUGAUGGUAGAGCUGUUGUGUUUAGAGAGGGCUGCAUUUGAUUGCCCAGGUUACAGCUGGUCAGAGUAUUCGCUCAUGUGAGUUUACUACGUUUGCUUUUCUUCUUAUAAAAAGUGGUGAAAACCUCAAGUCAGUCGUAUUGACACAUUAAUGAGAAGCUUGUUUGUUUGUAUGUAGGUGUGUGGCACCGCUAGCAGGAUCUGGACCCGUUACAGAGUAUUCAGUGUGUUUAACUAUUGCCCAAUGAACAAUUAAAACUAAAUGAUACUGACAAAAUGAAAUCCUGUUCAAUAUUCUUCCCUGUUGUUUGAAUCUCUGCCCGAUAUACCAUACUUCACAGUAAAUAGUAAGGGUGGGUUUAAUCUAGUUAAGUUUACCCUGUGAAAGUCAUCAUCAAGAGAGUUCAUUAUGGCAACAAGUGAGACCAUUGAGUCUGAUAGAAAACUGUAAAAACUUUGUUCUGCUGCAUUACAAAGAAGUUUUGCAAUCCUGAAUCAUAAAUUCUAGUUUGGAUCUGGGUCUGGAAUCUGGCCUGAGUGACACCAGGACUUAAUCAUUGUUUGUUUUCAAGUAUUCCCGUCACAUAUUGCCUCAGGCUUUCCUUCAGGAACUGUCCUGGGGUCUGACUUAGUUUUAGCCUUGGCCCCAUAAGUAUACCAUGGCAGUGGUUAUGGUCUUUUCUGAUGUUAUUAGCCCAUUGAACCUUAACACACUGAAUCUGCCACUUGCCUUAUCAAACAUUGUCAAAGUAAUUAAAUGACCUUUUGUUUUCCAUUCAUGACUCUAAACUUUUCAAUCUGCUAUACGUCCUUAACUAGUAGCAAAAUGAGUUAUCAAUCACAGUGUCUCAUGUUUAUGCUCUAAAAGCUCAUUUAAAGGUGUUCUUAGCCUCUUCCUACAGUUUUUUGUUGGUGUCCUUCUUUUUAAGACCUUCAAGAUUAGAUUCUGCUCUGGACACUUAUACCACCCUUUAAGAACUAAAAUAGAACUAACCUAAUUUUCUCUAUAACAGUUUUGAGUACAUAUGAACAGUCUUUGUACUGAUUUCUUUGUCAAGGUGCCCUGCUGUAAUGGUUUAGCUUUAGCUGGAAGACUGACUCAAAUCCACACUCAAAGGAUUUGAAUUUAGUAAACUGGGACUUAUUUUUAUAAAUCUGUCCCUAAUGAUGGUAUGAUAUUCAGUCAUCAAAAAAAAUGUGUAUAGUUGCAUAAUAAUUUUGUUGAAUUUUAUCCUAGUACGCUCAACAAUGUGCCUCAACUACUAUGCAUGAUAUGGCACGUAUGAUCAAGUUGUCCCUGGCAUUGUUCUUGCUAUUCAUAUACAAUAACUGAUGUCAAGUGCCAAUCUGAAUCAAGUAUUUAAGACAACUGGGUGAUAUGUUAAAGAGACUUUCAGUCACAUUCAACUUGAGAGAAAGGUGAAAUGUUCAACAUUCAGCUUCAAAAACAUGUAGACCUAGUUUAUGAUUUUCUCAAAUUGCUUACUGACAUUGUGUUACUGUAAUUGUUGGGUUCUUGUGCGGUUGGGUGUUGAUCCUGACUGGGCUGAUCAUGUUGGUUGGAUUUUCUUGUUAUCUUAAGUCUUUUUUUUUUUUCUUGGAUUAUUUUUUAUUGUGCUAUUAUUGCAUCAUAACUCCAUUUGAAUCAAUGACUUCAGGGGGAACUAGUGAAAACACUAACACCAGAUAAGAAGUCAGAGUAAGGCAUUAAGAUGAGGAUCUCCCAGUGUUAAAGUGGCCUGCAGACUCGUCUCCCAUUGAAAAAAGUUGACUCUUCACGUAACAAAAAAUACUGCAUAGGAGACCCUGAACUGUUGUGCAGCUGAUAUCCGGUAUCAGGCAAGAAUGGGACAGCGCUUUUCUUUACAAACUCCAGAAACUGAUCCCAUGGAUUCCCAUAUGUUCACAGAGUGUUAUUACAGAAGGGGGUGAUGCAAUGGUAAACAUGCCCCUGUCCUAACCUUUUUUGAAACCUAUUGUUGGCACCCAAUUUAAGAUGAGCAUUUUUUUUUCAUAAAAGUAAAAAAAAAUUUCAGUUCCAGUUUUGUAACACAGGUUUUAUAGAGUUAUGAAGGCAUCUGCCAUUGGUUCCUAACAGGAUUAAUAAUGAACUAGUUUCUAGUAAAUUUGUCAUUUUUUAAAAUUGACUUUUCGUUUUACUGUCCAGAGUUUCCAAAAGUUGAUAAAGAAAUUCAUUGAUAUUUUAAGUUGUGCUCUUUGUGGUUGUAAAAUCCAUUCAGUUUUCAUGCAUUUAAAAAGGUCUGAGAUGAAAUGUUUGAGUCCAACAGUGAUUGGGAAUUUCGGUAGCCUGCUUCUUGUCACAUGAACAGCACUGGGUUGCAUCCUGCUCCUCUUGUUCUUAAACUAACAUACACCUCUCCACCCACAGGCGAGGACUGAAUCCCCCACACAGAGUGAAGUCCAUCUCUAUGACCACAUUUACACAUCAGGAAAUUGAGUUCUUACAGAAACACAGUAAUGAGGUAUGAUAUCCUUUUAGUCUUGGCUCAAUGUUUUUCACAUAGUUUCAUGUUGUUUUGAGUCAUGAGUUUCUGGUUUGGAUUUUGAAGUGGCAUCUUGGCAUUUUUCUGAACCCUGCUUAGUCAACUUUAUUGGCAUUCCUCUCUCCCAACUUUUUUUUCUCCUCCAUUUCUCGUCAUCCCCUCCCCCCUUCCCUUUACUUUUCUCCCACCUCUCCUCCGGCUUUGCCACCCCCACCCAAAUCCCCCUCCUUACCUCCCACCCUCCUCAUUCCUCUGCCCCCCUGUAGGUCUGUAAACACAUCUGGUUGGGCCUCUAUGACGACAGGACAUCAGUUGUUCCAGAUUUCCGAGAGCCACAGAAAGUAAAAGAGUUCCUUCAAGAAAAAUAUGAAAAGAAAAGAUGGUAAUAUAAACAAUUGAUCAUUCUUUGUUUUUUUUUUGUGUUCAAUCUGAUACUAGAGGUGUGAAGAGUCACCACCUGAAUGGGCAGCUGAUCAUAGUGUUAAAGAUCAGAAUGCACUGAUCUGGAUUGGUAAAAAUGUCAUACAAAUAGGUCAGUGGUUGAUUUUAAAGUUGCCACCUAGUUGGCUUAGGUUUUCCUGUCUCAUGUAUUUGUUUGUUUAUUUGUUUUCAGUCUACCUUUGUUGAUUUUAUCAAUCUGUAUCAAACAAACUGAUUUAAAUCAUAUGGAAACACACCAUAUUGAAUCACACCUGGAAUCAGAGUUUUCCUAUAUUUUUAUCAGUUGUGCUCUAAUCGAAUGUUAGCCAGUUAGGUUUGGAUCUGAACGGAUUGUACCAUAUUGUCACGUUAUGGAGAAGUUUACACCCCCAUUUGAAACUUUUUAGAGGGUAUAACCUGUUUUGAAAGGUCACAGAUUACAUUUCAGUUCCUCACUCUAUGGAUGCAUACAGUAUGUGUGGAUAAGCAAAUCAAUAAAGUAAUGUUUACUCUUCAUUUAGGUGCAUAUAGCUUAAAGCAGUCUAGUUUGAAAUAUUGGAAUUACUUAUUUAGAGUACUGAAACUCUGCAGUUCACCUAACGCAGUAAUGUUGGCCUGUUUCUGUGAAGUGUGAUGCAAUCGAGGAGAGAGUUGACAACAAAGUGACACAUCUGCCAAAAAUUGUUUUUGCAGUUAUGGAUCUGGUUAACCGUGGUUUGGUUUGAUGGCAUGCUCCUCAUUGUUUUAGUUCUUCUGAGUAUGUCUACGUGUCACUGUUUCCUUUUACUGUAGUGUUGGUGGAAAAAACAGCAUAGCUUUUACUGACAGUGACUUAUACAGGAGUCAUAUCUGAUAAGGUUAAAAUACUUCUGUCAUAUCAGUUUAAACCGGUUUGUUAUGCUUUGUUUUCUCUGUGGUUUAGUUCAAAACCGGUUUCUGUUUUUAAUUUCCUCAAUUUUUCUGUCAAAUUUCAACCAUGAAAUCCAAGGUAUGUUCCUCCAGACCAGGCAAGGGUAAAUGUUCAGGCUUCGGUUUCUGGCUCCUCGGCCAGCAGCACUGGUAGUACCCCUGAAGUCCAACCCCUCAAGACCUUGCAGCUCAACAAGACCCCACUGCGGCAGGUAUUGAAAAUGUACUCAGAGUCCAAAUGUAACCAUUUGAUAUCGACCUGUAUUGUCUUUCUGGUUUAGUCCUAAACCCUUUUUGACUUCUGCCUACCAUCCAGUCGCCAGGGCUUAGUCGUACCCAGGCUCACUCUGCUGCUCAAGAGAAGAAGUUUGACUUGCUCUCUGACCUCGGCGGAGACAUCUUUGCUGCUCCACCCUCUCAAACCUCCAGCUCCACCAACUUUGCCAACUUUGCACAUUUUCCAAGCCAGUCAGGUAAAAAAACACCCCCUCAACUGUCUAUCAUUUCACUCAGACGAAUACAGAUUUACAAAGAUAUGUCGAGGUAUGUAGUCUUUGAGUUGUCAUCAUCUCAUUCCCCUGCCAUUGUUUAUUUUCCCACUUUCAUUGUUUGUGUUGAUUUGUCCUUGUGUAUGGCAGCUGCACCUCAGGGAAAUUCAAACACCAACUUUGCCAACUUUGAGGCAUUUGGAAACACUACAAUUCCUUCCCAUCUGAGCACGUCACCCCCCUCAAAGUCCUUUUCAUCAGGUACCCCCUCCCCACCAUUGUCUCUGUCUACCCUGUACAUUCUCCCUCACCUUAGUAUUUAUCUCAUCUAGUUCAUGUCCACUGGAGAAUCCCUAACUGCAUUUAGAAGCUCACAGUCAUGUAGAUGCCAUCAGUUCUGUUGAUGCUAAGUAAAUGUAUUUUAAAAAUUAAAUCAGAGUCCUGCACACGUGUUUUUGAUUUUGUGAACACCACAAUAUAUCUCUUUUAAUUUGGAUUUCUUUCAGGGAGACGUAGACAUUCUGCAGAGGGAGACCUCCAGUGGACAAUCAGUGUCAAAACUCACUCUGCAAAUUUUACUACACACUUUGUUUAUGUCGUUGAGAGUAUCUUUUUUUUCCCAACAAGGUGGAGGUGUGCCAAUCCCCUCAAUGUCUAGCGCUGUCCCAACUCAAUCCCACUCAGGGAGCUGCUCUGAGGACCGCUAUGCUGCUCUGGCUGAGUUGGACAAUGAACUCAGUUCAACUGUCUCCACAAGCAGCAGUGUGCAAGGGUAAGAUACUCUUUGACUAUCACAAAGAAAUAGGUAAGGAAUAGUGUAUAGUUAACCAGUAUUGGAUUUGAAUAAUUUGAUGAUAUAGCUAAAUAAUUUCCAUUCUGGGAUUAAUAAAGUUACUUUUAUUCUUAUUCUUAAAUGAGCAGUCUUCCGGAUUAGACAAUUGGCAGUGCUUCUACGGUAACCCAAUUUACAGGCCAAAUACACAUUUAACUAAACAGCUUCCGGUUUGAUCACUGUUUCUAUUAUUCAGCUCUUUGUGUGUUUCAACAUCCUUUGCUGUUUUUUGUGCUGUCUUUUUUUUUCUUUGCUGUCAACUGGUCAGACAUUGACCACCAAUCUAAAGCUUUGUGCUUUUCAAAUAAAUUGAAAGUAAUAGCAAAAAUGUCCUUUGUGUUGUCUAUUAAAUGUCACCUGGAAGAGGUGAAAUCAUUAAUGGUACACUAGACGUGAUGCAACUCCUUUACAUGCUGUAAUAUGUGUAAUCAGGAUGUUUUCAGCUUUGCUUUUGCUAUUCAGAAUUAAUAACUGUGGACAAGGGGUGAUGACCAAUCAGAAUCAAGUAUUCAACACAACUGGGUGAGAGUAAGAAAGCUAGGUAAUGUAACACUUUUGAUAAAUUUAAGCAAGAAAAAAUAAAAUCUACGUAGAUUCUUCUACACACAUAAAGAGCCUGGAAAAUUCUGUGAACGCUUCAUUAUUUCUUAUUGAGUCAGCAUGUAAAGUGUUGUUGAAUCACUUCAUAGUGAAACCAUGUAGUAUUUUAUAUGACUUUUUUUGUUCCUAAGAGAGUUGGCAAAAGCUUAACAGAAUCAUCGAAUCAUAAAGCUUUAAGAAGGCCUGUCUUGUAGUCAAAGAUUUUUUUUUCUCAAUAGAAACCUCUUUGGACCAGUGCUUGGUUCAUCACCAGCCCAGAAUCCACCUGUGUUACCCAGCAUGCAGCCUGGCUUUGGAGGUGAUAUGAAUAACUAUAGCUACCGUGAUGCAAACAUAACAUGAUUUUGUUUUUACACUCACAUGUUUUCACAAUACUUUAAAGACUCAUUUUGCAACAUGUUCCCAUUUUUCACGCAGCUGUUCCAUCUACCAACCCCUUCGUUGCUGCAGCUGUUCCCCCGGAGAUGGCCACCAACCCUUUCCAGACCAAUGGCAGAGCUCCAGCUGCAGGUUUGUGCAUUUGAAGUGUAGUAUAAUUUACAACACAUAAUACUUUACUUGGGUAUCUGCAUUUUGUCUGAUGUCACCUACUGUAGUUACGUUGCUAGAUAGCUUCGUGAUUUGCCACAAUAUCUAGAAUUGUUCCUCUUGUCUGUGUGCAUGUGUGUGUGUUUGCGCGCCUGCGUGCGUGCGUGCCCGUGUGUGUUGUGUGUACAUCCAGUAGCCUCGUUUGGUACUGGGUCUAUGAGUAUGCCUGCCGGCUUUGGGAAUGCAUCUUCCUACUGCCUCCCGACCAGUUUCAGUGGGAACUUCCAGCAGCAAUUCCCUGGCCAGACCCCCAUCCCUUAUUCUCAACCUGCGGCUUACCACCCUCAGUCUAAUGGUUAGUGGCCUCCCACAUCCCUCGGUCCUUUUACCCUGUUCCACCUGUGCAGUAACUGCCCACAAUGUUGCCUAUGGCAGUAUUUCUCUUGGCAUAAGUUGUAUAAAAUCUUAUUAAGUUACAAAAGGAAUCUCCAUUGGUGUCUUUCUAUAACAAAGGAUGUCAGUGGCAGCUACUGCACAGUAAAACAGGUUGCAUUUGGGUUCAAACAUUCGUUGUCUACUUAAGACAAGUGUAAUCAGCCAAUCCAACAAUAUAAAAAAAAAAGCUCUAUUCAUACCUGAAUGCAAUCUGGUACUCUAGUGCUUGGCUUUUUUUUAUCUUCCAAAUUUUAUACCCUUAAUUUUCUUUAAAAACUCUAAUGAUGUAGUUUAUUAUGAGAUGACUGUUUAUCAACCCUUUAUAGACAGCUUUUUAUGGCCUAAUAAUAUUGUAUUUGUAAUAAAACAAAGGAUUGCAAAAUCCUUUUCCUGUGUCACCCUUAGGCCCUGCAUUCCCAGUCUAUGGCCAGGGCAAGCCCUCCAUGACACCCUUUGGGCCACCCAUGGCUGGCCCUGGCAUGUCCAAUAACCCAUUCAUGGUGAGUAUGCACUAUUUGAAAAGGGCUUUACCAACCUUAAAAAGUGAUUGUACUAAUUGACUUGAAAGAAAUAUUGUUUUAUGAAAAGUUUCAUAAGAAAAGAAUAUAUUUUAAUGCCAAUUCUUUCUUUCAUUUAGGCGGGAGCCCCUGCAGGGUCAUUCCCCUCUGGGGGUUCCACUAACCCUUUCCUGUAGCACAGCUUCAAGUGAUCGCCACCAGAGGGCAGCAUGCAGCACAUAUUCAACGCACCCAUCAUGCAAUUAGAGGCAGUACAUUUUUUAAAGAAAAGACUUUCGUUUUUUUUUUUUUUUUUUCAUAAAAUGAGUUUACAACACUAUGAAGGAGUACAAAGGACUAUACUGAGGACUAAGGGACUGUUUUUGGGAUAAUAUACUGUUUUGGACUAUAUACAAUGUAUGCUUUUUACUUUUUGUUUAUGACUGUAAGCUCUGUGCAUAUCAUAAUUUGUAAUCACAAUUAAGUACAUGUUAUCUAUUACAAGGACUGAGUCAACAAGAGUGAGUAUACGCACACCUUGUGGGGAAAAUCCUGCUUAAAAGUAUCUAUGUAGGUAAGGGUAUAUACACUUGUGGAUUAUUAACAGGGUUCCAUCCAAAUCCAUGAUCUGUGGUGUGAAGUUGCCAUGAUGAUACCGGUAUUUAAGUUUUUAAAAAAGGGAUUACUUUUGUUAUUUUAGCACAAUUGCUAGUUUUCCGGCACCAAGGUGCAAGGUCCUUUAUUAACAUACAAAGCCGGGUCCAAGAUGCCUAUUUUUAGAAGCAAGUGUCUUUAUUGUCAAACAUCCCACACAGGUGGAUGGAACACAAAAUUUUGGACUUUGAGUCACCCUUUUAGAUAUUGCUUACAUCUGCAAGGUUUUAGACAUGACUACAGGCUCAAUUUGGAUUUGUGAUCAAGGCCAACUCCUUGAAUGUGAGAAAUUAUAGAUAUUUCAACCCAAUGGGAAGUACAGACAUCUAGAGCACAACUGGAGGAAAGGGACUAUAUGUCAUGAAGAGAAUUGGCUUUUCAUUCUGUUACUCUGCUUUACUGUUAAAACAUUGAUAAAAUAUUUAAAUAUACUGUUGUUAUCCUGACUGCUGCUGGUUGAAGAUUUCAGAUUUAAACCAUACUUUAUGAACAUGUUAAUGAAAAAAGGACUGUUGAGAGAGCUUGGAGUUGUGGCUAACAGCAUCUUCACAGGCAAUAAGGUGAUAUCCUCUUGACAGCAAGUGACAGGUUAGCAGACCCUGCAAAGGCAAAACGUUUUUUAGAAACAUUUGAAAACAAUAUUUAUGUAAGUUAAUGUAUUCAUCACACUCCCUUGGUAUCCCUUGGUAUCUUUUUACCUCUUUGCCCCCUUUCUACAGGGUGUUGGGGUGAAGACUGGAUAUAGGGAAAUAAUGAUGUUCCUUUAUUUUGCCUUAAGGUAAGGCAAGGUAAAAGUAAUGAUAAAAAUAUUUUGGACUAAUACAUGAUUAAAUCAGCUUGGGACCCCUGAGAACUAUGGUCUUAAAUGUGCCACCAAUGACUAACAGAGUUCAUUGUCUUUACAAGAAUAGGUAAGUAAAUGUGUACAUAUAUAAAUAUAUGUAUAAAUAAAUUAAAGAUUUUUAACUACA